CGAGGCGCAGAUCCCAAGAAAGAAGCUUGUCUGGAGGGGUCAGCACUUUUCAAGACUCGCGCUUAGAACUCUUAGCGGUUCGCAGAGAAGAAAGCGCGGAAAAUUUUUGGCCGCUUGAGGCCGCCGUAGCAAGGGGGCGGGGUCCGGAAGGGAGCAGUAUGGCGGCGCUGGACAGUGACAGCGACGAGGAUUUGGUCAGCUAUGGGACUGGCCUGGAGCCGCUGGAAGAAGGUGAGAGACCAAAGAAGCCAAUUCCUCUCCAGGAUCAGACCGUCAGAGAUGAAAAAGGAAGGUAUAAACGAUUUCAUGGAGCCUUUAGUGGAGGUUUCUCUGCUGGUUACUUCAACACUGUUGGCUCAAAAGAAGGAUGGACACCCUCUUCCUUCGUGUCUUCACGACAGAACAGAGCAGACAAGUCUGUUCUUGGUCCCGAAGAUUUUAUGGAUGAAGAGGAUCUUAGUGAAUUUGGGAUAGCACCUAAAUCAAUCGUUACCACAGAUGAUUUUGCUUCUAAAACCAAAGAUCGGAUACGAGAAAAGGCCCGGCAGUUAGCAGCGGCUACUGCCCCUAUUCCUGGAGCCACUUUGCUUGAUGACCUGAUAACACCAGCGAAAUUAUCUGUUGGUUUUGAAUUGCUAAGAAAAAUGGGUUGGAAGGAAGGACAAGGAAUUGGUCCUCGAGUAAAGAGAAGACCACGCCGACAGAAACCUGAUCCUGGAGUAAAAAUCUAUGGUUGUGCAUUACCCCCUGGAGGCUCUGAAGGAUCUGAGGAUGAAGAUGAUGACUACUUGCCAGAAAAUGUGACCUUUGCACCCAAGGAUGUCACACCCGUGGAUUUCACACCCAAAGAUAAUGUACACGGACUGGCUUACAAGGGCCUGGAUCCUCACCAAGCGCUGUUUGGAACCUCAGGAGAACAUUUUAAUCUUUUUAGUGGGGGACCCGAAGAGACCGGCAAUCUUCUUGGAGACAUUGGUGUGAAUAAAGGAAGAAAAUUGGGAAUUUCAGGCCAGGCUUUUGGUGUAGGUGCCCUGGAAGAGGAAGAUGACGAUAUCUAUGCCACAGAAACUCUAUCCAAGUAUGAUACUGUUUUGAAGGAUGAGGAGCCCGGGGACGGACUGUAUGGCUGGACAGCACCCAGGCAGUAUAAAAGUCAGAAAGAAUCAGAGAAAGACCUUCGCUACGUUGGCAAAAUUUUGGAUGGCUUUUCCUUGGCUUCUAAACCUUUAUCUUCCAAGAAAAUUUAUCCACCACCCGAAUUGCCAAGAGACUAUCGACCAGUGCAUUAUUUCAGACCCGUGGUGGCCGCAACCUCAGAGAACUCCCACUUACUUCAGGUAUUAUCAGAGUCAGCCGGGAAGCCAAUAAAUGACCCAGGGACACAUAGUAGGCACCAGCUGAAUGCCUGCAAGCGGGGAGAGUUGCUAGGAGAGACGCCUAUUCAAGGGACACCCACUUCAGUGUUAGAAUUUCUGUCCCAAAAAGAUAAAGAGAGACUCAAAGAAGUGAAGCAGGCAACUGACCUUAAAGCCGCUCAGCUCAGGGCCAGGAGCCUGGCCCAGAGUGCCGCAGGCAGCAGACCGCAGCCCUCGUCUCCAGACGUCGGACACUGCUCGUGGCACAUGGCGUUGAGUGGAGGGAUGGCCAGCACAAGAACCAGCAACUUCAAACCUUUCGCUAAAGAUCCAGAAAAGCAAAAACGAUAUGAAGAAUUUUUAGCGAAUAUGAAACGGGGUCAGAAAGAUGCUCUGGAACGCUGUCUGGAUCCCGGUAUGACAGAGUGGGAGCGAGGCAGAGAGCGGGACGAGUUUGCCCGGGCAGCCCUGCUCUAUGCGUCUUCCCAUUCGACGUUGUCCUCCCGGUUCACUCACGCCCAGGAGGAGGACGAUUCUGAGCAGGUGGAAGUCCCUCGGGACCAAGAGAAUGACGUCAGUGACAAGCAGUCGGCUGUAAAGAUGAAGAUGUUUGGGAAGCUUACCCGAGACACAUUUGAGUGGCACCCUGACAAGCUUCUGUGUAAGAGGUUUAAUGUCCCUGACCCUUAUCCAGAUUCAACUUUAGUUGGCUUACCGAGAGUGAAACGUGACAAAUACUCAGUCUUCAACUUUCUGACGAUCCCUGAGACAGCUUCCUCACCUGUGACUCAAGCAUCAAGUGAAAAAGUUCCACAGCACCGAGGUUCCGACAAAUCAAGAAAACCAUCCAGAUGGGAUACUUCUAAAGAAGAAAAGAAAGAAGAUUCCAUUAGUGAAUUUUUAAGUUUGGCUAGAUCAAAAGUUGGUCCAGCUAAACCAGAGCCCAGUCCAUUAGUAAACAAAGAGGAAGCACGUGCGACGGAAUCAGUCUCGAAUAAGGUAGUGAACAAAGAUGUGGAUUCACAGACUGAAGGAGAGGGUAGCCGCCCAUCCAUGGACUUAUUCAAGGCCAUCUUUGCCAGCUCCUCUGAUGAGAAGUCUUCGUCCUCUGAGGAUGAGCAAGGUGACAGUGAGGAUGAUCAGGAGGGUACCAGGGAAGCAGACUUCAGAAGUUCCCAAGAGACUGACUUGGUUGAAGCAUCAUCUGUGGCACAAGCUAGCGAGCCAGCACCCCAGGAGCCUGCACCAUUCUUCCCGAUUCAGAAGAUGCAGAUAGAUGAAAGAGAGGCGUUCGGCCCACGGCUGCCCCCAGUCUUCUGCCCCAAUGCACGUCAAAAACUUGAGGCACCUCUCAAAGAGAAACAUAAAAAGAACAAAGAAAAACACAAGACCAAGAAAGAGCAUAGACGGAAGAAAGAGAAGAAAAAGAAACACCGAAAACACAAGCACAAAGGCAAGCAAAAGAAUAAAAAAUCAGAGAAAAGCAGUAGUUCUGAGAGUACAGACAGCAGCGACAGCCAGAGUGAAGAAGGGCCCACAGACCUGUCACCCCAGGAGUUGCUGAGACGGCUGAAGCGUCUUCCACUAAGGAGGCAGUAAUUGAAUUCUGCCCCUGCCUGUCCCAAUACCAGACCUCCUCCAGGAUGGAAGUUCAUUGAUCACUCAGUUAAUACAUUGUACAGAUUGUAUUUAUAUGUAAAUUCAUGCUGUGAAAUAAUUUUUUUUUUAAACCUUGACAUUUCAAAGCCUGCCUUGGAAGUCUGCUGAAAUUGAUUUCUAUUUUUAACUUCUGUUAGUGUCAGAGAAAGAAAUUCAGACUGUACAGUUUAAUUAAAAUGGCAUUUUUCUAUUA